AUGGCCGACAACAAUGUUCUGUUGGUGGGCCUCUCGGGCGUGUCAUCUUCAGGCAAGACCACAAUCGCACGUCUACUGCGGGACAUCUUUCCCCGGACGUUCGUGCUUCACGAAGACGAUUUCUACAAGCCGGACACUGAGAUUCCGGUCAAAGCCGGAGUGGCAGAUUGGGAUUGUCUGGAAUCUAUCAACAUUCCGGCGUUGGAAGAAGCACUAGCAUAUAUCCGGCAGCACGGCACGUCUCCACCUGACCUCGACUCGAAAGAGGACAAGAAUUCGGUCGGGGAAGUCAAGGUCGAUCAGACGGUCAUUGAUGACCUGAGAUGGAGUGCUAGUCGGUGGAUGUACGCUGAUGCCCCGCCAAUUGCCAUCAUCGACGGCUUUCUCCUCUAUUCCGAGGGCAUGAAGUCCGUACGUGAUGCUUUCGAUGUCAAGAUGUUUCUGCGAGCCGAUCACUCCACCUGUAAAGCACGAAGGGAAGCGAGGAGUGGCUAUGUCACCCUCGAGGGUUUCUGGAAGGAUCCUCCAGGCUAUGUCGACCAGAUUGUAUGGCCAAAUUACGUGGCUGACCACGCAUUCCUAUUUCGCGAAGGCAAUGUGGAAGGAAAGUACAAUGAUCAAAUGCUGCAUGAUCUCCAGAUUGAAGCUGUUCCCUCCGACGCAGCAUCCGACCUGACAGCUUGUGUGCAAUGGGCAUUCAACGUCGUAUCGGAAGCUCUGGAUGUCCGGACGCGUCGUAGCUCGCGGUGA